CAGCCAGCACUCCAUAAAAUCUUCCAACAAAAUAAAUAAAAAAACGAACCAUGCGGGCCGUCAUACAGAGGGUUAGAGCUGCAAAGGUUACGGUGCUGGAUGAGCUGGUCUCCUCCAUUGGGCCGGGAUUGUGCGUGUUGGUCGGAAUUAAGGCUGAUGACACAGUCACAGAUGUUGAGUAUCUGGUGCGCAAGAUACUAGCUCUGCGGCUGUUCGAGGACGAAGGCAAGCGGUGGCAAAAGUCGGCCAAAGACCUGCAGCUGGAGAUUCUUUGCAUCUCACAAUUCACACUAUACCACCGACUGAAAGGCAACAAGCCCGAUUUUUCGGCUGCUAUGAAGGGAGAUGACGCCCAGAAGUUGUACACACAUUUUCUGGACCGCCUCAAGCAGUCGUACGACACCUGCAAAAUUAAAGAUGGCAAGUUCGGGGCGAACAUGCAGGUGCACAUAGAAAACGACGGCCCCGUUACAAUCAACCUGGAGUCACCCGACAGGAAGCAACCGGACGAAGGCGUGGACAAGUGAAGCAUUUUUAGCUGGGUUCAUUUUGCCAAAAAAUAUACAAGAAAGCUACUAUUUA